AUGGCGACAGCGAAAUCUCUGCAACCCAGAAUCAUUUCUUCCUUUCUCGGCGACAACUCUGUUAGAUCAUCGCAGCCUCUUCGCCAUCUCUUCCGCUUUGAUUUAGGAAGAAGGCAUGUUUCGAUGCAAUUAUCAAGAACGUUUUCGGGAUUAACCAAUCUCUUGUUUAAUAGAAGAAAUGUAGAUGAAGUUAUUGAUGGCAAGAGAAAACGCCUGAAACCAGGAAACGUAUCUCCUCGUCGUCCUGUCCCUGCCCACAUAACGAAACCUCCUUAUGUUGAAUCUUUCAAAGCCCCCGGAAUCUCAAGUGGGCUUGAAAUUCAUGACAAGAAAGGCAUAGAGAGCAUGAGAGCUUCUGGGAGACUUGCAGCUAGAGUUCGGGAAUACGCCGGGACUUUGGUUAAGCCAGGGAUAACCACAGAUGAAAUCGAUGAAGCAGUUCACAACAUGAUCAUCGAGAAUGGAGCGUAUCCUUCGCCUCUUGGCUAUGGAGGUUUCCCUAAAAGUGUCUGCACAUCUGUGAACGAAUGCAUUUGCCAUGGGAUUCCAGAUUCACGACCACUUGAGGAUGGGGAUAUAAUCAACAUUGAUGUCACGGUUUAUUUGAAUGGUUAUCACGGUGAUACUUCAGCAACUUUCUUCUGCGGAAAUGUAGAUGACAAGGCUAAAAAGCUAGUCGAGGUGACAAAAGAGUCUCUAGACAAAGCCAUAUCCAUAUGUGGACCUGGAGUUGAGUACAAGAAAAUCGGCAAAAUCAUUCAUGAUCAUGCAGAUAAAUACAAAUAUGGAGUGGUUCGACAAUUUGUAGGCCACGGUGUUGGUCGUGUCUUCCAUGCCGAUCCAGUUGUUCUUCACUUCCGGAACAAUGAAGCUGGACGUAUGGUCUUGAAUCAAACCUUCACCAUAGAACCGAUGCUUACGAUAGGAAGCAAAAACCCGGUCAUGUGGGACGAUAAUUGGACCGUGGUGACAGAGGAUGCAAGCCUCUCUGCGCAAUUCGAGCAUACGAUUCUUAUAACCAAAGAUGGAGCUGAGAUACUAACCAGCUGUUGA